AAUCCUCUCUCUCAGUAACAACGACACACUCAUGGCGCCCAGAAUUUUGCUCUGCGGAGAUCCUCUUGGACGUCUCAAUCAGCUCUUCAAGCGUGUCCAAUCGGUUAGCAAAUCUGCUGGUCCAUUUGAUGCUCUGAUUUGCGUCGGCCAGUUUUUUCCCGAUUCUCCGGAACUUCUAGACGAGUUUCUGGAUUACGUCGAAGGUCGAGCUCAAGUUCCGAUUCCUACUUACUUCACCGGAGAUUAUGGCAUCGUCGCACCCAAAAUCCUAUCGACGACUUCGAAGAAAGCUGAGAAUCAAGGGUUUAAGAUGGAUGGACUCGAAGUUUGCCACAAUUUGUUUUGGUUAAGAGGAAGUGGGAAGUUCACUCUUCAUGGUUUGUCUGUUGCUUACUUAUCUGGUAGACAAUCAUCUGAUAGUCAAUUUGGGAAAUAUAGUCAAGAUGAUGUUGAUGCUCUUCGUGCACUUGCUGAGGAAUCUGGAGUUAUUGAUUUGUUCUUAACAUAUCCUUUUUGUAGUUUGGAUACAUUCUCUAUGUUCAGAGCUGCGGUUUCUGAUAUACCUGUUGGAGUUUCUGAUUCCUCUUUUAGUGAUUCCACUGUUUCUGAAUUGGUAAUGGAAGUUAAACCUCGCUAUCACAUUGCAGGUUCUAUGGGGGUAUUUUAUGCUCGUGAACCUUACCUCAACGCUGAAUCUACUCAUGUAACUCGCUUUAUUGGUCUUGCUCAAGUUGGAAAUAAAAACAAACAGAAAUUUCUUCAUGCGCUUUCUCCUACACCAACAUCUACCAUGUCACCAGCAGAGCUUAGUGCAAAGCCUCCAAAAACUACACUAUGGCCUUAUAAUUUACAAGAGGGUGCUGCUGAAUCGAAGAAGAGGCCAAACGACAGUGAAUCUGAUUCACAGUAUUGGAGGUAUGAUGUCUCAAAGCGGCAAAAGAAUGGAUCUCAAGGGGAAAAGCUCUGUUUCAAAUUUGUCUGCUCAGGUUCCUGUCCUCGUGGUGAAGAUUGCCAUUUCCAACACAACGCUGAAGCAAGAGAACAGUGUCGUAGAGGUGUUUGUCUUGAUCUUAUCAUCAAAGGUAAGUGUGAAAAAGGCCCAGAGUGCAGCUACAAGCAUGAGUUUCAAGAUGAAAGUAGCAUACAAAGGAAGCCCAGAUCUGAGAAUGCUAACAGGUCAAAAGAAUGCUGGUUUUGUCUAUCAAGCCCGAGUGUGGAGUCACAUUUAAUCGUCAGUGUAGGGGAAAGUUUCUAUUGUGCUCUACCCAAAGGUUCACUAGUCGAAGACCACAUAUUGAUAAUCCCAAUCGAACAUUUGCCUAAUACUCUGGUUUUAUCCCCUGAGGUUGAAUCAGAGCUCAGUAGAUACCAAAAUGGUCUGAGAAAUUGUUAUAAGAGCCAAGGAAAUGAUGCAGUUUUCUUUGAAUUGGUCUCUAAACGUGUUUCUCAUGCUAACCUCCAAGUUGUUCCGGUUCCAUCAUCCAGAGCUCGUCUUCUUCCUAAUAUCUUUAGUCUGGCGGCUGAAAAACUGGGCUUUAAGCUUGUGACGAAAAAGUUUAAUGAUAGUACUGAAGGCAGAUUAUAUCUGCAGAAGGAAUAUAAUGCGGCUUUGGGUCUCUUCUAUGUGGAACUUCCUGAUGGAACUGUGCUAUCACACACCUUGGAAGAAAACGAAGUAUUCCCUGCACAGUUUGGACGGGAGGUUCUAGCCGGGUUGCUAAAGAUCCCAGAUAGGGCCGACUGGAGAAACUAUACGAUCAAAUGCUAUCUUGUGGACAUCAUGCUAAACUCAGUGUCCAAUGCACUCAGGUCAGAAGCCGAAGCUGUAUCAUGUGAUGCAUCGUCAUAGAAACCUUUGUUUGUCUCCCUCCAUCUUUAGAAGUAGGUUCAUGGUCAGUUAAAAGCUAACAGUCUUCCAUCUGCUUCCUUACUAUUUUGCUUGUUACUUCCCCUUUUCUUCUAGUCAACACUUUCUUUGAUAUAUUAUUGUUUGUUGAGAUGUAAGAGAGUGAUCAUCACAGAAACACACAACAGUCAUGGUAGAAUUUACUUCACCUGUUUUCACCUAAACUACUGACUUCUUGUUGGUUGGUAAUAACAUACCUUUUCUUCCUUUACAGUAAUUAAUCUCAAUCAUUUCU